AAAAUUGGUUGGUUGACUUGAAGUCAGCUGUCAGUGAAAUGAAUAAGUCCAGCCAGGCAGCACUGACUGCCUGAGUGGAGAAGAAGAUACCGAAAAUUGCAAGGCUCCAUCUUCCCCCAACCAACCAAAAAAACCCAGAAAAUCAAUCAAAAUGGCUAUGUGGGGCGUGGGACUAAUCAUUUUUGCUGCCUUUGUAAUAUGGAUAUUUAUGAUUACCUUAGAAGGUGGAUGCUUCAUUACAUCAGUACACUGCGGAACAACAUUCAACGAAUCUUUAUUCGAUUCAUUUGGAGAAUCGUGUGUGUAUCCCAGUUUCGAAGUAAUAUGUGAAAACAACAAAUCAGUAAUUUACUUCAACUAUGGUGACCGUCAGGCUAACGCCAUCCUAGUUUCUAAUUUAUCCUCUUUCCGUUACAUAAUCACCGGAGUUAGUCCUGAUAAUAACUGCCUUAUCCUCAAUUCAUUUUCUCUUCCGUACGAAAACGCCUCAUUCUUUUCUGAUCCUUAUGAUUUUGAAUAUAUAGUGGUUAUGAGAUGCGAAAAACCAGUAGAGUUUGUCAACUACUACGAGAGUAUUUCUUCAGAGGGGUGUGGUGGUGGUGGUGGAAUUGAUGGUGAGGAAAAGCAAUUCUAUUCAUAUGUUAUGCAGAUUGACGGAGAAGAAAGUCUGAGUGUGACACACAUAGCAGAGUCAUGCAGAAUAGAGAUGAAGGUAAUGAUAAGUAAUUGGGAUGAAAAGGUGAUAUGUAAUGAUAAGAGGAAGUGUGGUUAUGCGGAGGAGGUUCACAGUGAGUAUCUCAAUGAAAUUGAACUUCGUUGGCAACCAAGACGCUGUGGGAAGCAGCAAGACAAUCAUGGGGAAGGGACAAGGAAACCACCACGAUCGCCACUUCGCUGCAUUAUCCGUCAUACAAUAGACACCUGCAUUCGAAUGCUACGUGCCAUGCUGUCCCUAUGGAUUGUUGGAAAAUAUGUUCUUGGAUCACCCUUUGUGGUUUUGGUCUUGAUAUGGAAAUGGAGAAAAAAGCAUCAAUCCAUAUAUGACACAGUUGAAGAUUUUAUCCAAACUCACAACAAUUUCAUGCCCAUCAGAUACUCUUACUCUCAAAUCAAAACAAUGACCAAAAGUUUCAAGAAUAAGUUGGGUGAAGGAGGCUAUGGUUUUGUCUAUGAAGGAGAGCUACGAAGCAAACGCAAAGUAGCUGUUAAGGUAUUGACCAAGUCUCAAACCAAUGGACAAGACUUCAUCAACGAAGUUGCAACAAUUGGAAGAAUUCAUCAUGUUAAUGUGGUGCAGCUAAUUGGAUUUUGUGCCGAAAGAACAAAGCAAGCUCUGAUCUACGAGUUCAUGCCUAAUGGUUCUCUUGAUAAAUACACAUUUUCACAAGACCAAGGAAACUCAUCCUCAUUAAGCUACACUAAAAUCUAUGACAUUGCUCUUGGAAUUGCUCGUGGAAUUCUAUACUUACAUCAAGGUUGUGACAUGCAAAUCAUACAUUUUGAUAUAAAACCUCAUAACGUUCUUCUUGAUGAGAAUUUCAACCCGAAAAUAUCCGACUUUGGUUUGGCAAAGUUGUACCGAAUAGAUCAAAGCAUUUUAACUUUAACUGCAGCAAGAGGAACAAUGGGGUAUAUGGCUCCUGAGUUGUUGUACAAGAACAUCGGAAGCAUAUCUAACAAAGCUGAUGUUUAUAGUUUUGGAAUGAUGCUAAUGGAAAUGGCAGGUAGAAAAAAGAACAUAAAUUAUAUGGAGAAUUAUUGGCAAGACUACUUUGCGAAAUGGAUUUAUGAUCAAUUUGAGGAAACAAUAGAUAUAAAAAAUGGCACAGAGGAGGAAAAGAAAAUUGCAAUGAAGAUGAUUGUGAUUGCGUUGAAAUGCAUACAAAUGAAACCAGAUGAUCGUCCCUCAAUGAAUGAAGUGAUAGAUAUGCUUGAAGGAGAUGAAGUGCCUCAACAGAUUCCACCUGAUCCUGAAUCUCUCUUAACCUGGCAAAAGAUGUCAGCAGAUGCAAAUGCAUUUGAUGACAAGUAACAUUCAUCAUGAGCUACAUAAAAAGUGGAAAUGCAAUAAGCAUGAAAAUGGAUAAAACUAAUGCUAUUGAUUCAAAUUAUCAUGCAGACUUAAAUGGUACUAGUAGAUAAGUACUAGAAUUUUUCAUGUAUUUUUGUUUCCUUACUUUUAUUAACAUAUAUAUUAACUUAGAAACAUGCAUGUAAAGUCCAAACUAUUAUAACAUGCAUGCUAUGGAAUGAUUGUUAAUAUGAAAAUUAUUGUCACUUAGGUAAAAAUAAGCCCCUUGGUUCAUAUUGACCAUAUAUUUGUGAAUGAAUUUGUUGAAAUGUGAGCAAUGAUUGAGUGGAAUGAUUGUCUACUACCAAGUUUCUUUCUACGUUGUGGUAAGUGAUUCAUGGUUAUCGUGUAAUGGCCAUUGAAUUAUUGAGUUGUGGUACUUUUAUUAACAUAUAUCUUUGGUCACACAUAACAUCAUACUUUAUUUGUGAAAGGAUAUAGAAGAAAUCAUGCCUUUAAUGAUACUGAUGCAUUCGAAUUUGUGUUGAGAUGUGUUUCUUUUGGCCUUGCAUUGCCCACCUUUUGGCUUACAGUUUCUACAAUCUGGCUUACAAGGUUUUGGAUUUUGGUGCAGGACAACAAGGGUGUUCAAAGUUCAAACUAUUGAUAACAUGUAAUCCACUGCUAUAAUUUCAAAUCCCGGCACAUAGUUAUGAAUGGUCCAUGAAUAUCAUCACAACUUGUUUUACAUUGGUUAUGAGAGUUAACAGUUUCGGCAACUGCUACUGCAACUACAACUGCAAUUAAGAAGCGGAACAAGAACAAAGGGAUGAGGUUUUUUAACCAAAGAGCCAUUGCUGAUAAUCAUCAUGCCCAUCUAACAAACUAGUAGGACUUAUUGACCUAGUGCAGCUUUACAUUGACCAUGAGCAUGACUUAUUCCCAUUUCUGUUUGGAAAAAAAAGGUUUUAAUCCUAUGUGUCGCCUAAGCCUAUUUUUUAAAGAUUGGGUUUUGCUAUACAUAAAGGUUUAGCGGCACAGCUUAUUGGCCGUCUACCUUUUAUUUUCGUGUGUAAUUAUCUUAUGUAUAAUAUAUAUAUUUUACGAUGAAAAAUUUACUAGAUACUAGUACAUUUAUGAUUUUUUUCUAAAGAAA